UUUCUUGUUUUCAGAAAGAAUGCGUGCAGGGUUGAAGAUAUGUAAAGAAUAUCCCGAAAUUGUGAAGAUUUGGCUGGGCUCAAGGUUAGCCUACAUGGUAAUGCAGCCCCAGGACAUAGCAAAACUUAUAAAUCGUCCCAAUCUUCUAAACAAGGAUCCCUCAUUCUAUAGCUUGAUGGCUGAGCUUCUCGGAGACGGGAUACUUACCUGUGAAGAAAGCAAAUGGAAAGUCCACAGGAAACUAUUAGCAAGAUCCUUCAGCCAAAAGAUAUUAGACUCUUUCGUCAGCAUCUUCAAUGAGCAGGCUACCGACUUUGUCGAUGUUUUAAGGAAAAAUGCUACCCAUAAAGACUUUCCCUUAUACAUGGCGGCAAUUAGAUGUCAUUUGGAGAACGCUUGUGCUUUUUUUUCAGCUAGCACAAUGGGCGUCCAAUUGAAUCUCCAGACAACCAGUAACGACAUUGCUGAAACACUCUACGAGGCGAUCCAAUUAUUUGGAAAAAAAAUCUUUACGCUCCGAUACCACAGCGAAUUUAUUUGGAAGCACUCAAAUGAUAAAAAGAAAAUCGAAGCCAGUGCUAGCAAGAUUAACGAGUUGUUCAGAAGGGUAGUCAAUAAGAAGCUGCAAGAUUAUGAGGAGAAGCGUAAAAACGGGAACAAAACCUAUGACUUCGACGAUGGGUCAAUAAUACAAAGAAAAGUGGUAUUGGAUUUGCUACUGGAAGACUCUGGAUUUUCUGAGGAAGAACUGAGAGAGGAAAUAAAUACCAUCGUAAUGGCAGCUACAGAAACAUCCGCAGUUACGACCACCUCCAUAUUACUUUGCAUGGGGUUAUUUCCUGAAAUACAGGACAAGGUAUACGAUGAAGUAAUGCGUGUGGUAGGUCCAGACAAGAAUAUUGAAUAUAAUGACGUACCAAAACUUGAAUACACAGAAAGGGUAGUGAAAGAAUCAUUGAGGCUGUUUCCUGUGCUUGCCAUGGUUGGCCGACAUGUCGUAGAAGAUGUAGUUAUUGGUAAUUAUGUAGCACCUGCAGGCACCUGUCUUGUAUUCCCCAUAUUGCAUAUGCAUAGGUCCGAAGAACACUGGAAGGACCCGUUGAAAUUUGAUCCAGACAGGUUUUUGCCUGAAAAUAUGGCAGACAGGCAUCCUCUAACCUACUUUCCAUUUUCGUUUGGCGUUAGAAAUUGCAUCGGUUGGAAAUAUGCAAUGAUGAGCCAAACGGUUUUACUGGCUCACGUUAUCAGGAAAUUGAGAAUAUUCACAGAAUAUAAAUCUAUAGAAGAAGUCGAAACGGAACUACAUGCAUUUACUAGAAUAAAAGGCGGACCCAAAGUUUUCGUCAAGGCCAGAUGAUGAGAUAGCAUGGAUGAGGAUGGGAG